AUGACCGUCAUAUACCGACAAGGUCAUGACAACCCAGCUGACUACCUCAGCCGUCACCCUAUACACCUGCCACCGAGCGACAGAGAACAAAAAGUAGUAGAAGAAUAUAUAAACUACAUCCUCUCAACAUCAACCCCCAAAGCAAUGACGAUUGAAGAAGUCGCAACGGAAACCGCAAAGGACAAGACACUCACAGCCGUCAUACAAGCCCUCCUCACCAACAAUUGGACGCCGGAUAGUACUGCCCAAGACACUACAAAGCAGAGCCGCCCAAAUCGCACAUACCGGACAUCAAGGCAUCGUGAAAUCCACGAAAACAUCAGGAACUGUCACACCUGCCAGAUCAGCACCCACAAACCUGCAAGAGAACCACUGCAAAUGUCCCCACUACCAGCGGCUCCAUGGACAGAAGUCAGCGCUGACUUUGGACACCUGCAAAAUGGGAAAUACCUACUUGUCGUCACAGACGAGUACUCACGCUACGUUGUUGUUGACAUCCUAGACUCCAUCUCAACGACAUCAGUGAUACCCCGCCUGGACAAAAUAUUUGCGGAGUUUGGGGUACCAGUAUCCCUCAAAACGGACAAUGGCCCACCAUUCAACAGCAGCGAUUUCAAAGACUACGCCUCCCUCGCCGGAUUCAAACACAGGAAAAUAACACCCCUGUGGCCCCAGGCCAAUGCUGAAACGGAACGCUUUAUGCAGACUGUAAAAAAGUCCAUCAAGGCUGCCCUAAUUAAAGGCCGAAGCUGGAAGCAGGAAUUAUUCAAAUUCCUACUGAACUACCGAACAACGCCACACUGCACCACAGGUGUACCCCCGGCCUCAGUCCUAUUUGGCCGGACCAUAAAAAACCGCCUGCCACACUUGAUCACAUCCAUAGCUGGAGACUCCAGCAUCAGGGAGCGUGACACACAAGCCAAGACAACUAUGAAACGAUACGCUGACAGGAAAACAUACGUGAAACCCAAUGAUCUCAGAGUGGGUGACACAGUCAUUAUAAAAAACGACCACACCUCAAAGGCUCUCACACCCUACCAACCUAAUGACUGUGACAAAGAAAAAGGGAUCCAUAACUGCCACACACGAGGGCAACCAAACUACAAGAAAUGCCAACUUUUUCAAGAAAAUCCCAAAACCACCAACAAGCCCCACACACAACCCACUCCAUUACUCUUCAUCUGA